GUCUUAUUUUAUAAAAACUUCUCAAUUUGGCAACAUAUCGGAUCAACUCGUCCUUCACGUUUGUCUGCUUAUUUUUUACUGUAAAUUGGUUUGUUAAACUACUUGUAAAAUGCAGGCCGGCCUGUGUACAAAAUUUGUUCCAAUUUACAGGAAUGCUAGUGUUUCAUAUUACAGACUAACUCUUCUAAAAGAAUUACAAAGAAGAUGUUUUUCUAGUGAUGCAGGUGAAUUUGAUUUAGUUGUAAUUGGUUCUGGCCCUGGUGGUUAUGUAGCUGCAAUUAAAGCUUCUCAGCUAGGCCUGAAGACAGCAUGUGUUGAAAAAAAUGCUACUCUAGGAGGAACUUGUUUGAAUGUAGGCUGUAUUCCAUCAAAAGCUUUACUUCACAAUUCACAUUUGUACCAUGCAGCACUUCAUGACUUCAAAAAUAGAGGCAUUGAUUGUGAGGGUGUUUCCUUGAAUCUAAGUAAAAUGAUGGAACAAAAAAGUACUGCUGUUAAACAGUUGACUGGAGGAAUAGCUCAUCUCUUUAAGCAGAAUAAAAUUACUCAUUAUAAUGGCCAUGGUAAAAUUACUGGUAAAAAUGAAGUCACUGCUAUUAAAGAUGAUGGAUCCACUGAUGUAAUUAAAUGUAAGAAUAUUUUGAUUGCGACAGGUUCAGAAGUUACCCCAUUUCCUGGACUUGAAGUAGAUGAAAAACAAAUUGUCUCAUCAACAGGUGCUUUAUCUCUUGAAAAAGUUCCUGAGAAACUUGUGUUGAUAGGAGCUGGUGUCAUCGGAUUGGAACUGGGCUCAGUUUGGAGUAGACUAGGUGCUGAAGUUAUAGCAGUAGAAUUUUUAUCAAACAUUGGAGGUAUUGGUAUAGAUUUAGACAUAGCUAAAAACUUUCAAAGAAUCCUCACAAAGCAAGGUCUCAAGUUUAAACUGGAUACAAAAGUUACCGGUGCUUCGAAGAAUGGGGACAAAAUUUCAGUUUCUAUUGAAUCGGCAAAAGAUCCUAACAAAAAAGAAGAGUUGGAAUGUGAUGUUCUUUUAGUGUGCGUUGGUCGCAGGCCCUACACUGAAAAUUUGGGUCUUGAGGAAGUUGGAGUGAAGAAAGAUGAACGAGGAAGAAUAAAAGUUAAUAAUCGAUUCCAAACAGAUGUACCAAAUAUCUAUGCAAUUGGGGAUUGUAUUCCUGGACCUAUGCUUGCUCAUAAAGCGGAAGACGAGGGAAUUGUGUGUGUUGAAGGAAUUGCUGGUGGUGCUGUACAUAUUGACUAUAAUUGUGUUCCAAGUGUCAUCUACACUCAUCCUGAAGUUUCUUGGGUCGGUAAAAAUGAAGAGGAACUUAAAAAAGAAGGUGUUCAAUAUAAAGUUGGAAAGUUUGCAAUGACAGCAAAUAGCCGAGCCAAAACAAAUGCUGAAACUGAUGGUUUUAUUAAAGUUUUAUCUGAUAAAGAAACAGAUAGGGUUUUAGGAGCUCAUUUAAUUUGUUGGGGAGCUGGUGAAAUUAUCAAUGAAGCAGUUUUGGCUAUGGAAUACGGUGCUUCCUCUGAGGACAUUGCAAGAGUCUGCCAUGCUCAUCCUACUGUCUCUGAAGCAUUUAGAGAAGCAAAUUUAGCUGCGUAUUUUGGUAAACCGAUAAAUUCUUAAGCCGCAAUUAGAGUUUUAUCUGAACUAAGACAUUCUUGUUAUUCUGUGUAUAAAGAAUGGUGUAUAGGAGGAAGACCAGUUACCUCUCCGAGCAAAAAAACUCAUCACCCAAUGUUUCUUCAGAAUAUAUUAAAAGUCUUGUACAAAUAUUAUAGAGCAUUUUUGUUAAAAUAAAAUUUGUGUUUACAUUU